UCUUGCCAAUCUUUCAGCGCGAACGUUAACGGCGACUGAAGAUUUCGUGAAACAUUGCCACCUUGCAACACUAGCAGCGAAGAUGGCUGAUUGACACACCGCGCCCAACAUUUUCCCAGAAGUUUUCACCUAAAUUCACGGGUUAGGAUCCAACCAGAGGCACAGUGCUGUGAAAUAUCAGUGCAUCCGGUGUGACGACGCGGAAGUAGUCCGUAGUGCAAUGUGCAAGUGCUAAAAGUGCAGAGAAAAGUGUGACUUUGUCUCCCAAGCAACCCUCUUUCAGCGGAGUCACCUUUUUUCUUUCACCCAAAGGAUUCACCAGCGCAGGAAGAGGUGAACGUCGUGUGGAGAAAACCCUACGAAAGUGUAAUAAAAUAAUUUUGUGCUGCCAUUGAAAAGAGAAGAAGAAGAGUGUUUUGUGAGCGCGGUGAAGAGUGUGAAAAUUGUGCGAGAAAGUCAACGAUAUUAAUUAGAAUUGCGAUAUUAGUGUUAUAGUGAUCUUUUUUCUCAGUUUGAAAUCUCUUAAGUGUGAAUCUCCAAGAUUUCUCUCGGCACGAGGAAAAGAGAGGAGAAAAUUGACGAGAGGAAGGAGCAAUAAAAGUGCAGUCCAGAAUGUGGCGACAGAGUAUCUGUCUUGUCGCUGCACUCUUUCUCACAGCAAAUGCACUGAUUCAUUCACCGCCACGAAUUGUGAAGGAACCACCAACAGAUGAACUGCUGUUCCAGGUGGCACUGCAAGAGGCGGAAAAUAACAAGCCAUUUCUCAUUGAGUGCGAAGCUGAGGGAGAGCCAGCGCCAAAAUAUCGAUGGAUAAAGAACGGAAAGAAGUUCGAUUGGCAAGUGUACGAUGAUCGCAUGUCUCAGCAGCCUGGACGAGGAACGCUGGUCAUCACGAGGCCGCGAGAUGAGGACUUGGGACAGUAUCAGUGCUUUGCUGAGAAUGAGCACGGCAUCGCGACGUCGAAUUCGGUGUUUGUGCGAAAGGCGGAGUUGAAUAACUUCAAGGAUGACGUGCCGAAGUUGAUGUCCGCAAAUGAGGGUCAGCCUUUCAAGCUGCAGUGUCAGCCGCCGGAUGGCUGGCCAAAGCCCAAUGUCUACUGGUUGAUUCAGAACUACGACGGCGGCAUUCUCAGCAUCAACAAUUCACGCAUGACACUCGAUCCGGAGGGAAAUCUCUGGUUCUCCAAUGUCACACGCUACGAUGCGUCCGAUGACUUCUACUAUGCCUGUGCCGCGAUGUCUGCUUUCCGCAAUGAGUACAAAUUGGGCAAUCGUGUGAUGCUGGAGGUGCACCAAACGGGCAUUUCGCCCACACAGAAUCGCCACCCGCCGCAGCAACAGUAUGUGACGAGGAAGAAUGAGGUGGCACUGCGUGGAAAGCGUGUUGAGAUAUAUUGCAUCUUCGGCGGAACGCCAUUGCCGCAAACGGUGUGGACGAAGAAUGGACAGUCGAUAUUUUGGAGUGAUCGUGUGUCGCAAGGACACUACGGCAAGUCACUGGUGAUAAAACACACGACAUUUGAGGAUGCCGGAACGUAUACAUGCGAAGCGUCGAACGGCGUGGGAAAUGCUCAAUCGUAUUCUAUCAAUUUGCAAGUUCUCGCCACGCCGUAUUUCACAGUUGAACCGGAAAUACAGAAUGCCGCCGAGGGUGAAACAGUCACGUUCAAUUGCGAGGCUUCAGGAUCACCAGAACCUGUGAUUAAGUGGAUUCACAAUGGGAAGCCCAUUCAGGAGUCGCCGGUGAAUGAUCGACGAAUUGUCACGACCAAUAGCAUAACGAUUCGUGAUAUUAAGAAGUUGGAUACUGGAAAUUACGGUUGCAACGCCACCAAUUCUCUAGGAUAUGUCUACAAAGAUUUCUACCUCAAUGUGUUGGCUCUGCCGCCGGAGAUUGUCGAGUUGCCACGCCUGGAAGCCACUGUGGACAGGAGAACUGUCACGCUGGUGUGCAGAGUGUUCGGUGCGCCAAAGCCCGAAGUAAAGUGGAUUCGCAAUGGGUUGGAAUUGACGGGCGGACGAUACAAGGUUCUCGACAAUGGUGAUUUGCAGAUCAGUGAUGUGGCAUUUGCCGAUGCUGGUGACUACACGUGCUAUGCUGUGAAUAAAUUCGGCAGCAAGGAUGCAAAUGGGACGCUGAUUGUCAAAGAACACACGAAGAUAAGUGACGCUCCGGAGGAUUAUGAAGUUAUUGCUGGCACACCGGCGACAUUCAGAUGCAAUGCCAUGGCGGAUUCGUCGCUGGACUUGACGAUUGAGUGGCUGAAGGAUGGGGAGAUUAUUGAUUUUGAGAGUGAACCACGCUUUGUCAAAACCAAUGACAAUUCACUGACCAUUUCCAAGACCACUGAGCUGGAUUCGGGCAUUUAUAUUUGUGUCGCCAGGACGGAAUUGGACGAGGCGCGCGCUCAGGCGACGCUGACAGUGCAGGAUGUGCCAAAUCCACCGCAAUUGCUCAGUGUUGUGUGCAAUGCGCGCGAUGCCACGGUGUCGUGGACGCCUCAGGGUGACAAUCGUGCGCCCAUUCUGCACUACACCAUCCAGUACAACACCUCCUUCACGCCGGACACGUGGGAAGUGGCGCACGAGAAGGUGCCAGCCACGGACUUCGCUUUCGCCGUGUUCAUGAGUCCGUGGGCCAAUUACACCUUCCGCGUGAUCGCGUGGAACAAAGUGGGUCCAUCCACGCCGUCCGGACACAGUGAUGUGUGCACCACGCAGCCCGAUGUGCCGUACAAGAAUCCAGACAAUGUCGAGGGCAAGGGAAGUGAGCCCAAUAAUCUCAUCAUCAAGUGGACGCCAAUGCCCGAAAUUGAGCACAAUGCUCCGCUCUUCCAGUACCGCGUGUACUGGAAUCAGGAGAUCCCUGGAGCGCAGGUGAAUACAGAGACAAUACCCAAUUGGCGUCAAUCGGAGCUGAUUAUGCGCGACCAGCCAACAUUUACGCGGUACAGAAUCCGCGUUGUGGCAGUGAAUCGAAUGGGAGAGUCGAAUGUCAUGGCAAGUCCGGUGAUUGGAUACUCUGGGGAGGAUCGUCCACUGGAGGCGCCGAAGAACUUCACUCUGCUGCAAGUCACUGACAGCACAAAGGCUCUGAUGAGCUGGAAUCCGGUGUCUGAGCAGUCUGUCAGGGGUCACUUCAAGGGGUACAAGAUUCAGGUGUGGACUCAGGGUGAGGGCGAGGAGAAUCUCAGGGAGAUUCACGUGAAGGGUGACUCCAAUCGUGCUCUGGUGGACAAGUGCACACCGAAUGCCCUCAAUUUCGCACGAGUGCUCGUCUACAACAGUCGCUACAAUGGUCCACCCAGUGAAACGCUGUCCUUCCAGACGCCAGAAGGCGUUCCCGGCACUGUUCAGUCGCUGGACGCCUUCCCACUCGGUUCAUCGGCCUUCCUGCUGGUGUGGAAGAGGCCACUGCAGCCGAACGGUGAGCUGCAGGGCUACAAGAUCUACUAUGAAGAGGUGAAGGGGACUUUCCUGAGCACCAAAAUGGAGCGAGAGCCACAUAUCAGUGAUCCAAGAGCCACACGAGCAAAAUUGGCUGGAUUGAAGCCAGAAACAAAGUAUCGACUCUACAUCACAGCGACAACGAGAGCUGGUGAAGGCGAACCUUUCUACAUCGAGAAGAAGACACUGACUGGACUGUCAGUGCCUCCGGAUGUGCCUCAGUUUGGCUGGGAUCGUCUGCCAAGUGACAAUGGCCUGGCCAAUAUCAAAGUGACGUGGUUCCCGAAUCUGGAUGGCAAGCCUGGAUCGCACUUCUUUGCCAAGUAUCGCGUGAAGGGCGAGAGUCAGUGGCAGACGACGGAUCCGCAGCUGGAUGAGGACACGCUGAUUGUGCGCGGUCUGCAGCCGGAGACCAACUAUGAGUUCCGCGUCGUGGCUGUGGAUGGGGAUUAUCUCACGGAGAGUGGCUCGCAGGAGGUGGACACUUAUGGCAUUGAGGGACCGAUAAAGGUGCCGAAUGAGAAUGUCGCCACUGCGGGAUGGUUUAUUGGCAUGAUGCUGGCAAUUGCCUUCCUGCUGCUCCUUCUCAUUGUUAUCUGCAUCAUCAAGAGGAAUCGUGGUGGGAAGUAUGAUGUCCAUGAUCGUGAGAUGGCAAAUGGGAGGCGUGAUUAUCCGGAAGAGGGUGGCUUCCAUGAGUAUUCGCAGCCCUUGGACAAUAAGAGCCAAGGUAGACAAUCAUUGAGUUCCAAUCAGACUAAGCAUGGACCAGAAAGUGACACAGAUUCGAUGGCUGAGUAUGGUGAGGGCGACACAGCAGGACAAUUCACAGAGGAUGGAUCUUUCAUUGGUCAAUAUGUUCCUGGCAAAAUACAGCAACCAGUUAGUCCACAACCAAUUCCACACAAUCCGCCACCGAAUCAGGGAGGAAAUGUUGCGACGUACGUGUAAAAUGUCUCUCUUUGUCAUAUGUAGUUAAAAAAAGAAAGAAAGAAAACCAAUUUCCUGAUGGACGGUCGCUUUGUGGGAAAGGAAAGUGCGCGUGGCGCUUUGACGAAGACAACAUGUAAUGUUUAAAUUAUUGCCUUUCCUUCUCACCAAAACAACCGAACGAAUCGAUUACGAGUAAUUGAUGUAUUUAUUCUUGCUAUUAUUGAGAAGUGGAAAGAAGAAAAUGCUAACAAAGAAAUUGCACUUAAAGUGCAAUAAAAAAAAAUGAAAAACAUUUUUUGUAUUUAGUUAAGCCACAAAUCAUCAUUUUGCUGAAUUUUUUGUGUAGGAACAGGAAAAAAAGAAAACAAAUUACUUCUCAGAAGAAGAAAAAACAGUGAGAAAUGAAGAUCAUCACAAAAAGGGAUGUAUAAAAUAAUAAAAUGAAGCAAACAAUUAGAAAAAAAAUGACGGAAAACUGGGAAGUAAAGGAAAGCCGUUCUCUGCCUCUGUGGAUUAUUUAUUGAAAAGAAGCAACAAGAAAAAAAGGAGUAAGAAUCUGUAUAUUUAAAUACUCUAUAAGGUGAAAAACCAGAAAAAAAGAAUCUCUAUUUGAAAUGUCUUUAAUGCGCAGCUUUAGUUUUGACAAGAAUUGCUUAAAAAAAAAAAGAAAAAAUGACACAAUGUGAAAUCAUUAACUUUUCUCUCUAUCGCUAGAAAUGCACAAGAUAAGAAAAAAAAACAUUGUGUUUUUUUCCGUCUAUUCUGAUGAUGAUUUAUUGGAAAGAGUGAAAAAAAAGAGAGCAUAAAAAAUUCCGCAGAAUAAGAGAAUUUAUCAAACACAAAUUUUGUGUGCGUCUGUUGUAAUAUAAUUACUUGAAGUAAUUGAGCAAAUCUUAUUUACUUGUCUUAUGAAAUCACAUGCAAUUAGACGAUAAUUAUUUUGUUGAAUUAAUUUAAAUAGAAAUAUCUUUUUUUUUAUUAUAUUUUAUUUUUAAACUAAUAUUGUCCAAGUUUUUUCUGUCCUCAUGUCCUUUUCUACAACAUUAUUAUAAAGAAGAAAUGAAAGAAAGAAAGAUAGAAAGAGCAACAAAUGUAUAGUUUUACAGAAUGUGGUGGAAAAUGAAUUCGUGCAGCUAUUUUUUUCUCAAAUGACUGUAGAAUUAUUAAUUUUUUUUGUAUUAGUUUGUAAGAUUUACAAAUUAGACGCUGAAGUGUUCAAUUUCAUUUAUUUUUUCCCCUUUUCAUCAUCAGUAAAUCUUUGAUCUCUCUGUCUUUUUUUAUCCCCCCCCCGUGAAUUUAUGAACAAACCCUUUGAGCGGCAGCUAAAUAUUUCAUUAAGAAGAAAAUCGUGCAAAAUAAAAUUCAUGCACAAUUUACUAUCUUUGUCAUGUUUUGAUUUCUCUCUCUCGAAAAAAAAAGAAAGCAGAAUUAAGAGUAUUUUAAGUGUAAAUCACAAAUUUAUUUUCCGCCAUAUAUUUUUGUCCUCUGUUUUUUUUUAGGUAUUAAGAAAAGUAACUUUCUGUAGCUUUUUUGUAUGACCAAAACUUCACGUCCUUUAUAUAUAUAUAUAGAAAAACUCACAAGAGCAAAUGGAAAAAUCACACACUUGAAAUUUUUUUUUAAUUUCUAUUAUACACCUUUUAUUUUAAGAGAAGAGUAAAUGAAAGGAAUACGAAGACGAAGGAAAUAAACUUUUAUUUUACUUAUUUGAUCAUUUAUUUCUUUUUGAUUGCAUGCUUUUCUUUCAGUUUCUUCUUAUUCAGUCGUGCUUGUUUUUCUUUUUCUUUUGGGGUCGCGCAAUUCGCGAGGAUGUGUGUGUGAAAUUUCAGUGAAUGAAUGAGGGGGAAAUUCUUAAGGUGGGACUGGCAUUCUUACAGGGUUUUGAAUAGCAAAAUAUUGUUAUGUUUGACCUCCUGAUUUGCUCGCAAUCUUUUUGCACGUUUUGUCACAGCUUUUCCUUGUAGUGAAAGAAGAGGGAGUGAAAAAAAGGUCACACUUUAACUGCACAGUUGAUUUUGUAGGUGAGUCUCUUUUUUGCUUUAAGAAAAGAAAAAGAAAGGUGAAACGAAGAAGAAGAAAUGCAAUUUAUAGCUUGUAAAAGGAAAAAAGAUGAGAGGAAUUUUUGGGGCCUAUACAGAAAAUAAAGAGAAAAAACUAAUAAAGAGAAAGAGAAAGAAAUAUUUUGAGGAGAGCUUUUCCGAGCUAUUAAUUGUGUGGCACAACAUUUGUAAAAAGG